AUGGUGUUUCAGGAGGGAGGAUUGGAACAACCAGUUUGUCAGCCGGGCACAUACGAUUUCACCAUUUGGACGGCCUGCAACACAACAGCUCGUGCCGACGGGAAUGCUCUGAGCGCUGCCGAGACUACUCAAGCUCUCCAUCUCGCACGGCCCUUCAGUGAGAUGCUCUGGAAGCCUGUGUUGGUCCUGCGGCCACGUUUGCGUAGCGCUUGUUUCAAGCGAUCAGCAAAGAGGAGCUGCAGGGUGCUGCGGACGCUCACUAGAGCAUGGCCAGAAAGGCCCAGCGACGCCAUCCGACAAGUGUGUGCAUGGAUCUUGCCGGGCGUGGCCAUGGACCCUAGCGCGCGCGGAAGGCCACUGCUGUUGGCCUGCACAAGGAGCAUGAGGCGACACAUACGAGCUGGCCAAGAAGGGGAAAGCGGGCAUUCCUGGCAAUCAUCGCGUGUGGGCGACAAUCGUGACCUGGGAGGCGCUCAGAGCGGCCACCGCACCGGCAACAGCGGGGCCGUCGCACACCGCAGCCGCCACCCCGAGUUUACCCGGGGCCAAGCGGAACGAACGCAUCCCCUGCUCAACUACGCCACGACCCUCCAUAUGUCUCUGAUUCGCGCUCGGAGUUCAGGCUCGGUAGCCUAGGUGGACCAAAACAACAUUCAAAUUGUAAGUCCUGAGCGAAUGUUCUUGGCCGAGGGAGAUCGACUGUAUUGAUAUUGAAGGAGAGCGCUCUCCCGCUAGCAUCGCAAUAUCAAUGGGCUGGAGCACGUGGGGCGUAGUGGGAUUGAAUCCAGGACAUCAGUAGGCCAGGACAUCGGUAGGCAACUGAAAAGGCCACGGUUGCGAAUUGCAGAUCAUUUUCAAUCCAUUGAGCAUUCUUCAGUAUGAUGAUACAACGGGGCGUUGCAUGUUCAAUAGCAGCUUUUAAAAAGUCGUUUUCGUUCUGACUUCGAUUUUUAUGCAACUUUGACAUGAUUAGCCAAUUCAUG